AUGGGACUCUCUGACACGCCACCGGCACACGUGCCUGAAUGGGUGGUACCCCUUUCCACCACGUUUCUCGGCCUCGGCGUAGUCUUCUGGGAUCUGACAUACAUCCUGAUCACCCGUCGCAGCCUGCGGACACGAUCGUACGGGAUGCCGAUCCUGGGCCUGAUGACCAACGUUUCCUGGGAGAUGGUGUAUGGCUUUUACGUUGCCGAAACCGCGCUCGAGCAGUCUGGCUUCAUCCUCUGGCUGCUGCUCGACCUCGGGCUCGUCUACACGACCAUCCGUUUCGCGCCGGACGACUGGGCAGCCACAUCCCCGAAAAUUGGCAGGAACAUCUCCUGGGUUUUGGGUAGCAUGCUCCUAUUUGGCUGCUGGGGUCAUUACGCCUUCGUUUCGUGGUGGCUCUCAGCCCCGGGCAUUGGGUUUGGCGACAAGACUGGUAAGUGGUGGCGCGGCAAGGAGGGCUACGAUCAGACAGAGUUGGCAUACUGGUCAGCUGGAGUUGCGCAAAUGGUGUUGAGUGUUGCGAGCGUGGCUAUGCUCCUGAUCCGAGAGCACUCUGGAGGGACAAGCUACAAGAUCUGGUUCUGCAGGUUCUUUGGCUCUUUGUCUGGGAUGGGCUUCUGUAACGGUGUUCUCUGGUGGUACUGGCCUGAAGCACACGGGUACUGGGUCAGCCCUCUCGGAAUAUUUAUAUGUGGCUGCUCUCUAGCUGCCGAUACGGUCUAUCCUUUCCUAUUACAUUCGGUACGCAAGCAUGAAGUCCAACUUCCAGAUGGUAGAUUAGUCAGAGGCGACGAAAGAAAACAGGCAGAGCGGAAGUCUCAAUAG